AUGUUCAACUCUGCUCACCCGAGCGAGCCUAGUACUUCAUCAACUGGCUCUCAGGCUCAUACCGCGAGCCAGACAGUCGGCAAACAAUCAUCAACUGAGCCUCGCAAAUUUCGGGAAGUCAUUAGCGAGUUCACUGCUCCCUUGAAACUGAGUUUAGUGCUCGAGAACAAGGGUAAUGUUGCUCGCGAUCAUCUUGCAUCAGAACGAACCUAUCUUGCCUAUGUUCGCACCAGUCUCGCAUGCGCAAGUGCAGGAGUAGCCCUUGUACAGCUGUUCACGCUUUCCAGUUCCACAAACGCAAAUACCACUCAAGAAGGGAUUGAUCCAGAGCGUUUUGCUCGACCACUUGGUGCCACGGUGGUGCUGUUGGGUUUGUUCAUCCUAGUUUAUGGCCUUGUUCGCUACUUCAUGACCCAGGCGGCCCUCGUGCGAGGUUUCUUCCCGGUUGCACGCAACUCCAUUGCUGCCAUGGCAUUUGCCCUUGGAGCCGUCGUUGCAAUCGUUUUUGGGGUGUUAGUUGCUGGAACUUGA